CGCGCUGCCGAGGACGGGCACCGGACGGGAUGCCGGCGGCGCUGGGAGCCGGGCUGAGCGCGGAGCCGGCGGCCGGGGCGCCCUGAAGCAGCGCCAGCAUGUCCCGCAAGAAGAGCCCCAAGGGCAAGGGCGGCAGCGCCGCGCCCUCCUCCGCCCUGCCCGCCGCCCAGCAACGCGCCGCCGCCGCCGCCGCCGCCUCUUCGUCGGCCGGGCCGGGCAGGGGCGCGGGCGCGGCCGAGGAGAGGGCGGCCAACGGAGGGGCGCUGCCCAGCCGGCCCUCGCUCAGCAGCAGCGGCGAGUUCCACGACGUCGCCUUCAAGGUGAUGCUAGUUGGUGACUCUGGAGUUGGCAAGACCUGUUUGCUGGUGCGCUUCAAGGACGGCGCUUUCUUGGCUGGGAGCUUCAUCUCGACAGUGGGGAUCGAUUUCCGGAAUAAAGUCUUGAAUGUGGAUGGCGUCAAAGUAAAACUGCAGAUUUGGGACACAGCUGGCCAGGAGAGGUUCCGCAGUGUCACCCAUGCUUACUACCGUGAUGCCCAUGCUUUGCUGCUUCUCUAUGAUGUCACAAACCGAGCAUCCUUCGACAACAUCCAGGCUUGGCUGACAGAAAUCCACGAAUAUGCAAAGCAAGACGUGGUCCUUAUGUUACUGGGAAACAAGGUGGAUUCAACCCAGGACCGAGUGGUGAAAAGAGAAGAUGGGGAGAAAUUAGCAAAGGGAGUUGAAACACCGGUCCAUGAAGCUGCCCAACGAGCCCCGGUUCAGGCUGCACGACUACGUCCGGAAGGAGGUGAAAGGCGCUGGCUGUUGCCGCUCAUAGACUCUCUCUCCUGGGGGGUCCUGUCCAGACCUCCCCCCGUUGAAGGAGACUUGCCACAAGCACCCUGCCUGCUGCAUCCGUAUCUGCCACUCUUGUUCUCCUCCUUCCUGCUGCACAAGCGCUACAAAUCUCUUCCUUGUGUCUUGUUGUCUUUGUCCAGGUGAAACUUUGGAAGGAUAAAUGGGGGCAGCUUCUUUUCCUUCCUGGGGCAGGCAAGUGGGUUUUUUUCCCCCCCAAAAGAGAUCCGGGUUAGAAGCAGCAAUGGACAAUCUGAAUGUGGACAGGGCCUUUGGGGGUGGGGGAGAGAGAGGGAGAGGUUUGUGCAGUUUCAGUGUUGAUAUCCCGCAUGAGUGACCCCCAAAGGGAGCGGGGCCACAGGGGAGCCCCCCUCCCCAAAGUCCUUGCCAGGGAGAGUCCAGUUGCCAUGGGUUGGCUUCAUAUAGCGACUGUUUAUGUGGGACUUCAGCUCCACUUUCAUCAUUACUGCCUCAACGAGUACCCAAACAUGGGGGUUUCCACUGUUCUUUAUUUUUUUAAAUAGAUCGAACUUAAAUGUUUGGUGUGCGCUAUUGCUGAUAGUUCUUCGAACACAUUUUUUCCCCAAAAAAACACCCGAAACCAGCUGACUCUUCUUGGCUGUCAUUUGCUGACCACCCUCUCCGCAGGGCAGAAUAAAAUGUUCCCUCUGCUCUAGCUUUGGUUGUUGUGCUGCA